AUGGAAGAAAAUCCACUUUUUAUUCUUGACAAUGGUGGAUAUCAAUACAAAGCAGGAUUUUCCAUUAAAGAUAAACCAAUAAUUUUUCCCAAUGGGCUUGUGAAAUUUGGUCUUUAUUAUCAAAUGGCUUUUGAAAAAGGAUAUCUUGUAAAUUGGGAUGUUGAAUUUCAAGUAUGGGAACAAAUGUUUUCUGGAAAUUGUUGUAAUUUAUCUAUUUCUGAGACAGACUUAAUUUUAACAGAUCCUAAUUGUAACAUACCAGCAGUUAAGGAUUGUAGUUAUGAAGUUGUAUACGAGUAUUUUGGUUUUAAUGGUUUAUAUAAAACAAGCUCUUCCGGCUUAGUGGCAAUAGAUUCAUUGCAAAGAGAAAAUAAAAAAUUAUGCUUAAUUGUUGAUUCUGGUUAUUCUUUCACACAUAUCCUUCCAUAUGUUGAUGGAAAAUUAGUUGCUGAUAAUGUUGUAAGAAUAGAUGUUGGUGGUAAAUUAUUAACUAAUCAACUUAAAGAUUGGAUUACAUAUAGACAAUUAAAUGUUCUUGAAGAAACUUUUAUAAUUAAUCAAGUUAAAGAAGAUUGUUGCUUUAUAAGUUUAUCAACAAAAUUAGACUUUGAGAUUGCUAAGAGAAGUCUACCAAUUAAUACUAUAAAGUGUGAAUAUGUAUUACCAGAUUAUGUGACUUUAUCAAAAGGCCAAAAACUUAAACCAGGCCAAUUUUCAAUUGAAAAAUAUCCUGAUAAUCAAAUGAUAAUACUUAAUACAGAAAGAUUCGUUAUCCCAGAAAUUUUAUUUAACCCUUCUGGUAUUGAAAUUAAUCAAAUGGGUAUUAGUGAAGCUGUUAAUUAUGUUAUUGAAAAAUUUAAUGAACCUUUUCAAGGUGGAUUAUUUUCUAAUAUUAAACCAAUUGGUGGUAAUGUUUUGUUUGAUGGUUUUAAAGAAAGAUUAUACUCUGACGUCAGAUCAAACUGUGAUGCUUCCUUUGAUGUUAAUGUAAAUAUGUCACCAAACCCCCUUGAAGAGGCAUGGUUUUGCGGAAAGAGAAAUGAAGAAUAUUUAAGAAAACUAAUAAUUAGUAAGAAAGACUAUGAUGAACAUGGUAUGAAUUAUUGUAAAAGAAAAUUUCUUAAUUUUUAUCAUCUUAAUGAUUAA